GCUUAUUGGCAGUACUGCUCGGGUGUGGCGGGUUUGAUAGAACGCUUUGAAACAAAUCAGAGGGCGCGCGCGAGGACUAACUGUGGAGCUCUGCUAACGGCUAACGGCUAACGGCUAACUGACGAACUCAGCUAACGGCUUUUUUUUUAACGGUUUUCAUUUUUAUAAGAGGAAGAAAAAGCGGAGUAACACUGACACGGUUAUUUAUUUAUGACUAUUUCAGCUCGUCGCUGGAGAAACGCGCGCGCGUGUGUGUGAGUGUGAGAACUUUUCCUCAGGGUUUGUAAUGUUGGUGUGCCCCCCCCCCGUCCCCCGUCAUGUCCCUCCAUUCAGCUGUGUGUGUAGUUUUUAUCACUAAAUAAACCAAAAACAAACAAAGGAUCCUGAUUUUUCUUCCUCACUGCGAAGAGUCCUGACAUUGAACAGCUAAAGCGACCUAACUUUUUUCCUCUAAAAGAGGGAAGGGAAGUAGAACCUCGGAGGCACGAGUCAGUGAACCACACUGAUGGGCUGCACGGUGAGUCAGGAGGACAAAGUGGCCCGGGAGAAGUCCAGGGAUAUCGACAGGUCCCUGCGAGAGGAUGGAGAGAAAGCGGCUAAGGAGGUGAAACUGCUGCUGCUCGGUGCGGGAGAGUCGGGGAAGAGCACCAUAGUGAAGCAGAUGAAGAUUAUCCAUGAAGACGGAUACUCGGAAGAUGAGUGUAAGCAGUACAGAGCCGUGGUCUACAGCAACACCAUCCAGUCCAUCAUGGCCAUCAUUAAAGCAAUGAGCAACCUCAAGAUCGACUACGAGGAAGAAGCUAGAGCUGACGAUGCGAGACAGCUGUUUGCCCUGGCUGCAGGAGCAGAGGAGCAGGGCUUUUUCCCUAACGAUCUCUCCAGCAUCAUCUCUCGCCUGUGGACUGACGGAGGAGUUCAGAACUGCUUUGCUCGCUCCAGAGAAUACCAGCUCAACGACUCGGCCGCUUACUACCUAAAUGACCUGGAGAGAAUAGCCCAACCGGACUACAUCCCGACUCAAUCUGACGUGUUAAGGACCCGGGUGAAGACCACAGGCAUCGUAGAGACACACUUCACCUUCAAAGAGCUCCACUUCAAGAUGUUUGAUGUUGGAGGUCAGCGUUCUGAGAGGAAGAAGUGGAUCCACUGCUUCGAGGGUGUUACUGCCAUCAUCUUCUGUGUGGCCAUGAGUGCUUAUGACCUAGUGCUGGCUGAGGACGAGGAGAUGAACCGCAUGCACGAGAGCAUGAAGCUGUUCGACAGCAUCUGCAACAACAAGUGGUUCACUGAGACGUCCAUCAUCCUCUUCCUCAACAAGAAGGACCUGUUUGGGCAGAAGAUUGAACACAGUCCUCUGACCAUCUGCUUCCCUGAUUACACAGGGCCCAGCACGUAUCAGGAGGCAUCUGAGUUCAUCCGCACUAAGUUUGAGGAUCUGAACAAGAAGAAGGACACCAAGGAGAUCUACUCACACUUCACCUGCGCCACCGACACAGAGAACAUCCAGUUCGUCUUUGACGCAGUCACCGACGUCAUCAUCAAGAACAACCUGCGUGACUGUGGACUGUUCUAGAGAAAAUGCCCAAAGACCACAGGUCCAGACUUGAACUGGAGUGUUGAGCAGGUGAAGGUGUUCUGACUGACUGCACUCUAACAGUUUCCCGCUUCAGCCUGCUUUUGAAAUGGUCGAGUCACCGAAUACUUGGAGCAUUCACCAUUUCACCAACGUCGCCUUCCUCCCCCGACACAUCAGCGUUCUGCCCCCGAACACCCCUCUCCCCCCUCCCCACCUCCCCUCACCCGGUCUCUCUUCCCCGUUUGCUUUUAGACUGCAGCUUCUUCGUCUUAUCGUUAUUAACCCCGUCAGGCUUCAACCACAAAUUGAAAUUAUUAUUUUUUUUUAUUAUUUUUUUUAAAUCAACGGUUUUCUUCUAUGUUUAUUUCUUUUUGAGUAAUAGCAGGUUAAAAAAAAAAAGAGCAAAAAAAAAAACCCUUUUUAUAUGAGUACAUUUGUUUUAGUCUAGAGAAUCCGAUGUGCAUUAUUUUAUUAAACAUUUAAUUGCAUCAAGUGUUUUUAUAGAAGCAGCAGAUGAACGGAGAGAAAUUAGAUUAGAAAAAGGAGAGAUUUUGUAAAAGAAAUAAUGUUUACACAGCAUCAUAUAUAUCCAUGGUCGUGCACCUCAGAGUCUCCACAGACAUUCCUGAUUCAGUUUAUGUUGAAAAGUUAUUUAAAACACACAAGCUGCAGAAACGACAAGGAAUUAACGAUGGUUUAGGAGUCGAGAGCAGUAAAGUGUGUAUGAAUAUAAUUCUCUCUCAUCCAUUCCAUCAUGUGCCUUUAUUAUUAUUAUUAUUAUUAUAAUCAUCUUUAUCCUCACAUCCAUCUCUCUCUGUACGCUAUGACAUCAUGUAAGGAGAAAAAUCGAUAUAAAGGCUAGUUUAAAAUGAUCAGGCCUGUAUAAUGAUUUAAUUUAAAUAAAGUUUAAGUCACUAGAGAA